AAAGAUCUUUCUGCGUAUAGGACCAGUGUGUGCAUUGCAAUAUGGGGUUCUAUAGCUGUGCUUUCACAGUUAUCACCUUCCAUGCCUUCUGUAUAUUGUAUUUUGUAACCAACACGAAUGUCAUACUGUGAUCAAUGAUUUGAAAAUAAAAUUGAAUUGGAUCUUGAACUCACAUAAUUUCGCAACGCAGACUAAACAUUAAUGAAUGACAGAAGGGAUUACAUCACUCACUGCUAUUUUGAGAGAAGUGGGGAUUCCCCGUAUCCAUCAACGGUGCUUGUAUACUAGUAAUACGUGCAUGUGGCGUUGGCGUCAUUGGUAUUGGUGCAUCCACAUCGAGGUACCAUCAUUGGUAAGUAAGAGGUAACCCAACUGCAGUAACCAUGGCAGCCGAUUCCAAAACGAUACUUGAUGGCAUCUUCAGGUUAGAUCGUGGAUCUGAUCUAACUCAAAAACAACGAACUGAUCUGUACAGAGCAAUGUCACCUACAUCACUGGUAGAGGCAUUCUUUAAUGAGGAUUUCAUUAAUUUCAGAGAAAAGUAUGCAGGAAUAAAUAUGGAAUCACUGAAAGAAACAUUCAAAUUACUUGAAGGAAACAUCAAACUCUUAGAACAGGUAGCAGAAGUUAUCCUUGAACACCUACGAGAUAUGCGACCAAAACUCUGCAAGGACGAAAUCGAAUCCGAUCUUUUACGAUUUGUUCCGAUUGUACUCGAGUGUCCAGCUUUCGACAAGCCAGAUGAAGAGUGGGGUAAUCGUAUCAUCGAAGAAUUGGCGGUUACCUUGAUCAACAUGCAUGCCGGGGCGAAGACCAACUUUAGUGUAUUGGGGCGUUGGUGGCAGAAUGAUUCUGAUAUGUUAGCCAGAGUGGUCAAGGUCUACCAAGAGGCAUACAGGAAUCUACUCAACAAUUGUACAAUGGACAUUCUGGAUUUAAGGCAGAAAGAAAACAUAUAUUUUGCCGCAUUGCGUAUCUUGUACCAGGUGAAUAAAUCACUUGGUUACAAGAUUCCAGUCAAUCUAUUCUACAUUCUACAAAAAGAUACUGACAGGAGGAUUGAGGAGCGCUUUCUACAACGGAACUUUUUGUUGCACAUGGGUCAAUUUACAUUUCUACUAGAUAUACCAAGGAAGUGGAAUAUGAUGCGUAUGCACUUUGAUUCUACAUGUGGGCGCCACUACAAACAGAUUCUUUUAAAGAUCAGACGGGAGUUCGAAACAAGUUUUGAACCAGGAUCAACUUUGUGGUUGGAAAUAUUCAUUUUACCUUCUCUACAUCUGAAACCGGCACACCUUCAGUUCGAGAUAGACAACGACAUCGAAAAGAUUGUUGAAUCGGCGAUCUCAAAGAUACAAAAUAAGAGAGAAACAGCUCUCUUACUCCCAUUCGAAGUCCAUUUCAAGGAUAAUGUGUCAUUGGGAGCAAAUGCUGGUGGACCAAUGAAAGAAUUCUUCUCGCGGUUCUUUGGAGAGUUAUUUAAUACUCAGAAGCACAUGGUCUUCAAGAAACUCACCGACUCUCCAUCGUCUACUACAUUGUGGUUUAACAAGGAUUAUAAGGAUGUUGACAAGUUACGAUCAGUCGGCAAGAUGUUCGCUCUGAUGUUCUAUAAUAAGGUCAUUGUUACAUUGCCAUUUCCGUUUCUAUUCUACAAGAAACUACUUGGAAACAGCCGAUCCAGUUUCGAAGAUCUGGAACUACUUGAUCCUGACAUUGCAAAGAGAUUGGGAACCUUGCUGGAAAUGAGUGACGAUGACCUUUCCGUUUUCAGUUUCAUGGUAGACGGACCUGAACACGAACCGGUGAUCGAAUUCAGACCUGGAGGCAAGGACGAGGUGGUGACCGCUGCUAAUGUUGGAGAGUACAUCGAGCUAUAUGCCAGAUACUACACAUCAUCAUCCCAAUUCGAUGCAUUCAGUGAAUGUUUCAGGAGUAUGCUCAGUCAGUUUGCCAUUGAUCAGGUCUUCACACCACAAGAGCUUAUGGCUUUAUUCCAAGGUGGACAAUAUGAUUGGAUGGCAUUCCAACAUAGUUUUAGAUAUGAGAAAGGUUUUACCUCAGAUCAUCGUGUGGUGAAGAUGUUUUGGUCGGUAUUUCAUGAUGAUCUUACCAACGAUCAAAAACAAGACUUUCUAAGAGUGAUCACGGGUGCAAACCAUGUUCCCCUUGGAGGAUUCCAGGAGAUUGGAGCUAGGAUAUGGCCUAUGGGAGAUCGUGAAGGGCAACAUCCAAAGGAUCUGUGUCCUGAAGUCAAUACAUGUCAUGGUUUUGUUGUACUUCAUCUUCCGAUGUAUGAUCAGAGAGAACAUCUGAAAGAACGACUACUCAAACUACUAGAGAUGAAAGGACAUGGAUUUUAUAAACCUGCACGAUAGGUGUUGAUAGAAACAGAUUGAUGAUAAGCGAAGUCUAAUCUAUAGAACUCAGUGACAUCAAUACAGAACGUUCGAACGCUAAUUGCAUAUAAAUAGCAGGUCAAUAAACAGAUUUGUGAUCGAAGAGUUUCUGUAAUUAUAAAAUUACGAAUUUAUUCAUAUUUGCCAUGCACUCUCCAUCCCGGUUUCAUUGGAGUUCAGUGUACUAAAUGCAACCAAUGGCGACAUAUCAUUUGUGCUGGUAUUCCUGAAGAGAUCUACAAUGACAAGUCAGAGAUACUUUUUCGGUUGGCAAUGCAACAUUUGUAUUUUUAAAGACAUGUCCUUCUACAUGUAUAAUGAUUCGGAACUUAUCACUAUCCUAGAGUCAUUUAAUGCCUGUACAAAUACUACCAACCGAAGCAUUUCUUCUAUACAUGGUUUACCAAGAAUUACGUGGUAAUGGAAUUAAGAUUGCCCAUUUAAAUGUUAAAAGCCUACUGAGACACAUUGAAGAAGUGAGAACAUUUGCUAAGACUAACAAUGUUCAGGUAUUCGCAGUUAAUGAAACCAGAAUAGAUGAAUCUAUCUAUGAUAGAGAAAUCAUGAUUGACGAUUAUAAUUUGAUUCAUAAAGACAGAGUUCGACAGGGUGGUGGAGUAGCCAUUUAUCUCCACAAAUCAUUACAUUUUGAAAGAAAUAAUUCAUGAAAUCAGUGAUGAUUUAGAAACGCUUGUUAUUAAGAUUUAUCUCAAGGUUUCAAAACUCAUCGUAUCAACUUGGUAUAGACACCAUCUUCAUCAGAUAUUUGAAUUUGUAAUUCGUACGAAAUAUUUCUUACCGUUAUUGACGCAAUGAAUUAUGACAUAAUUAAAGUAGGUGACGUAAACUGAUAUCCUACCUAAACCCUUAUCAAGCAUGACCAAGAAAUAUGUUUAUAUAGAUAAUUCUCUGGUUCAAGUCAAUACCAAAGUAGUAACAAGAAUCACAAAUGUUUCUGAAGAUCAUCUAUUAACAAACAACAACCAAAAUCGGAGUAAAUCAUGGUGUAUUUCAUAACGGAAUGAGUGACCAUUCGAUUAGCUUCCUGACCUGGAUCUCUAAGAUUGUGCUCAGCCAAAAUUUAUCAUUCUCAGAGGUUGCAGCAAGCUCAAUAGUGAUGACUUUAGAAAUUAUAUUCGUAACCAGAAUUGGGAAAGUAUAGAUCAAAGUAAUUCAGUUGAUGAUGCUGUCGAAUUGUGGGAAAAUAUGUUUAUACAAGUUGUUGACAAACACAUG